CGGUCCACUCUUCUCCACACCAUCUGCAGUGUCUUACACACUUCACCAGCUGUUUUACUUAAAUCACACUGGUGGAUGAUGCAAGUACUCAAGGUGAGUGUUUCUAUGGUUGGUUGGAGCCUCUGUUGGCCCGGUUAGUUCAAGAACCUACCACAGUUGUGAGCCCAAGCAUUGCUGUCAUCGACAAGAACAAUCUACAGUUCAUAAAGCCUGUGGUGUCAGCCCGCACGCAUAGCCGUGGGAACUUUGACUGGAUCCUGAGCUUUGGCUGGGAGACUAUACCUGAAGAAGAGAGGGUAUGGCUGUGUGGAGGCAGUCUAGAGAUAAUUCCCUGUUCUGUGGUCGGCCACAUCUUUCGCACCAAAAGUCCGCAUUCCUUUCCAAAAGGCAUAGAUGUGAUCGCACGCAACCAGGUUCGCCUCGCAGAAGUCUGGAUGGAUGAUUACAAGAAGAUUUUCUACAACAGAAAUAAAAAAAGCUGCUGCCAUUGCAGCAGAGGAGCACAGAAAUCAUAUGGGGACAUCAGUGAGCGCCUGAAGCUCAGAGAGAGGCUGCAUUGCAAAAAUUUCUCCUGGUACCUAGAAAACAUUUACACCAAGGCCUUUGUGCCCGAUUUGAACCCUGUGCUGUUUGGAUCGUUGAAGAACAUUGCCACAAACACUUGUCUUGAUAUUGGUGAGAAGAAUCCUGGAGCGAAGUCAGUGAUUUUAUUCAUUUGCCACAACAUGGGAAUAAACCAGUAUUUUGAGUACACGUCACAUCAGGAGCGGAGGCAUAAUAUUGAUAAGCAGCUGAGUCUGCAUGCGACGAUCGAGCCUGAACCCGUGCAAGUGGAGCUGUGCAACUUUCAGGGUGAAGGAACCGUCCCUGCUCCACAGCAGACAUGGAGUUUGAUUCUUGUUUCCCAACAGAUAUAUCUUCUCCAUAAUGCUCUUUAGUAAGUGUUUAAUGGUGGAGUAUGGCAACAUCAUCAUGAAAAACUGUGACCCUGCUAACAAUUAUCAGCAUUGGUCUUUCAUCUGAACUCAAAAGGGGUUUGUCCUCCAUCAGAUUAUCUGAUUCUUUUUUUGGGGAAUAUUGCACAAAACAGAAGUGCAGUGAAUAAUGUUGCAUCACGGUUUCGCACUAAUGUAAGGUUUGUGCAGUGUAUCAGGAGUUCUUCAUUGAAUUAUUAAUCUCAAUCAAAUGAAAUUGAACUGAUUAAAUUAAACUUGAUUAAAUGCACUCAAAUCAAUGUUUGUCAAAUAAUGCACACUUUUAAUUAACAAUGUUGUUCCUCGCAUCAAACGCUGUUCAGUUGUAGUAGCAUUUGACCAAUGUGUUUAUAAAUUAAAGCUGAUGAAUGAAAAUGUCUUUUUGUAAGCAGCUUGUGCAGUGACUGCAUGUAAUUGUGCAGUGGGUUGAAUGGUUUAUCUCUGAGCCAGGCUUCUUAAAAAUCCAAUCAAGUAUGGACAUUAACGCAAGGUGGCGCUAACGCAACAGAAUAGAAUAGAGCAUGCUGUUUGUUCUGCAGUUGUUAACGUAAUGUUAAAUGUCU